GGCAUGUGCACCGAGCCCAGGCAGAGGCAUGGUUUGUUGGGAGCCAAUUUCUGUUGAGGGUCUUCCAGGUCGUUAGGGCCAAGUUAUUUUUUGCGUUGCACAUCGGGCCAGCAGCCCAUACUCGCAUCAUUCCAAUCGCCCAAGCGACAACCAGGCUCGAUUCCGAUUGCUACUUCGGCGCCAUCCCGAGACAUGGCUUCUGAACGCCGCAGCGAUCGCGGUGACCAACAACGGCGUCGGAGGAAGAUUCCGUUGGCUUGUGAGCCCUGUCGCGAACGCAAGUCCCGGUGCGACGGGGCGAAGCCGAUAUGCUCCACUUGCCAGCGCCGCUCACUCCCACUGCAUCUCUGCGUCUACACCCUCGACAACGCCCGGACGGCAAGUAAUGAAGCCUACAUCAAGGUUCUCCACGACCGGAUCCGGCUGCUAGAGAAAACAUGCGCCGACCAUGGCGUCCCAAUUCCUCCCUUGGAGUCGGGAGACCCCGAAGAUGCAUCCGUGGGGCCGAACCGGACCCCCGUGUCUCCACUUCUCUCCGGGCCGCAGCAACGGAGUGAUACGACGCUCCCGGGCCCGAGCCCAGCUCAGGGCCUCCGGGAUCACGCUUCUUCCCCGGGCUUGCGGCCCCCAGUCCCGGUGACCUCCCCCGACCACGAUCGGCUAGACGCAACUGAGUCAACAGCCAGCGUCACUGCCAUGGGCACUGUCACCACCGAACAUGAUGUAUCUGAGACAUUCGAUGCAGCCAAUGAGUUCUACGGCAGCUCUUCUGCCGCCUCUUUCAUGAAGGAGGCCUACACAUCCGUCAAGCCACACCGACCGCGUUACCCAGGCCCCAAUGUGCCGGGGGCCCCAGCCUUCUCCAUGAGCUUUUCAGGCUCAGAGCCAUUGUGCAAUAAAAACACUCAAUUCGCGCAAGCAGACAAGUUCGCCUUGCCACCGCGGAAUCUCGCCGACCACCUCCUGAGCCGGUUUUGGGAAAGGAUCUAUUGGUUACACCCCCUUUUCGACAAGGCCACGUUUAUACAGGCUUACGAAACUCUCUGGCGGCCCGCUCACGAACAGUCAAACAUGCCCGCAGUCCCAGGCUUAGGACUCGGAAGCACCCCAGGCGCAGAUGCGGGGACCAUUGUUUUCCACUGCGCUCUGAAUACGAUUUUCGCCCUUGGCGCCCAGUUUUCCGAUCUUAGUCUCAAGGACAAGGCCUCGGCCAUUGAGACCUUUUUCAACAGAUCCAAGGCGUUUGUCGGGCUGGACUUCAUCGAUAUGAACAAUGUCGGUGUAGUUCAGUCGCUACUACUGAUGGCACUCCUACUUCAGAGCACGCCGUUCCCCAACCGGUGCUGGAAUGCGGUGGGUUUGGCGUGCCGUGUUGCUCAGGGACUUGGCUUGCACACAGACUCCGGCAAAACCGCUCGGCCUCAGUUGGAAACCGAGAUUAGGAGGCGAACCUGGCAUGGUUGUGUGAUUUUAGACAUGAUCGUCAGCAUGACCUACGGACGGCCCACUAUGACCGCUCAUUUGCCGGACUUGCCAGUGCCCUCAACUGUUGGAUUUGGUGAAUCCCUUACUCCCCAGUCUCAAGCCGCGGGUGGAGAAACCCCAUCCAAAAUGUGUUAUUACGUGGAGUACAUUCGUCAAUGUCGGAUACUGGGCGAGAUCCUUUCCAAUGUCUACCAACCCUCUGCUGGAACGCCCGCUGGUGGCCCACCAUCGUGGCCUGACCAGAAACCGCAUGGAAUGGACGCCAUCCUAGACCUUGACGCCAAGCUUUCGAGGUACGAGGCAGCACUACCUCCGAUUAUGUCCUGGACAUCGCCCUGCGAUAUUAGCGGCCUCGAGGAGGAACGCAGAUCGGUCAUUACUGCGCAGAGGACGGUUCUUCGGGGAAGCUUCCUCUACCUGCGCCUCAUGCUCCACCGCCCGAUUCUCACGCAACUCUGCGCGGACGCUAGCGCAAAUCCCUCAGCAGAACCGAACUCGCCAACGCGACCAGGGGCCGUGUCGGCCGGCCAAGAAUUGUUCACAUCGUUCGCUGCGGGUUGUGCUAAGAUAUGCCUCGGAAGUGCGGUAGACCUCAUCGAACUGAUCCACGAUACCUACCUCACGAAAGCCACGGGCGGGUGGUGGUGGGAUGGAUUGUACGCUUUCACCGCAGGCCUGGCCGUCAUUGUGGGAUACCUAUCGCCUACACUCCUGGCGUCGAUGGACAAGCAGCGACUCGAACGCUCUUGGAUGUUGUGCCAGAAAAUAUUGGCCCACUUUACUUCGUUCAGUAUCUCGGCUCAGAGGUCUUUAAGAGUCCUCCAGAAAGUGCAUGCGGAUGUCAUGUCUCGUUCCACAGCUGUGUUGGACAAAGAUCAAGAACUCCCUUUGCAGCCUCCAACCAUAUCCGCCGCGACAGCAUAUGGGGAACCGACUGGCUUAGGGCAAGAAGCGGCCGUCAUGCAACCUGACGACGCGCCUCUGGACCUGGGCAACGGUUUCCAAUGGCAGUCACCCGCUGGUAACGCCGAGAUGUUUGGGGCGGGAUUGGUGUUUAACUGGGAUCAGUCGCUCGACAUGCUCUCUGGCGGCUUGGGGAUGGAUAUUUAUCAGUAGAGAUGGCAUUGGUUAAUGGUGUCGGCGGAGCUUCUCAUUUACUUUGGAUACCCUAAUUAACAUUCUUAUUUGCCUUGCCUAACCGCGACAGUUGAUGCCUGAACACUGAUUUUGCGUUUUCAUAGAUCAUAUAACCACGGGUUUGGCCCGCCCAUCGAGUCAAGCGGCUGUGUUUCCUGUAGCAAAUCCAAUGCCCACGUCUUCCAAGCAGGUAGCG